AUGUAAUAAAAGCAAUCGAAAAAAUCCAAAGAAGAAGAACCGUUAUUUAAUGGGUCAUUCAAGGAUAAUAGUGAUAAUGAAACUGACGAUAAAAGAAAAAAGAUCAAACUGAUUAUGAAUGUGUCAGAGAUACAAAAUAUGAUGUAGUCAAGUUUGUAGGGAAAAAGCUAUUCAAAUGGAUAUUGUAAAUAUGAACCAGAUGGUGUUAAUUGGGAUAUGUUUUGGACAGAUGCAGCAGUUUAACCAGAAACCUUAGGUAAAAUGUAACCUCAUCAAAAGAUAAACCAUUUUCCAGGAAUGUAUUCACUUGCUCGCAAAAAUCAUCUUGGAAGAAAUUUGAUGAAGAUGAGAAAACAAUUCCCAAAUGAUUUUAAAUUUUUUCCGUAAACAUGGUUAUUACCAGCUGAAUAUGGGGAUUUUAAAAAUUAAUUCGUCAAAGGAAAAGUAAGAACAUUCAUAGUAAAACCAGAAGCAAGUUGUUAAGGAAGGGGAAUAUUCCUGACCAGAAAUAUAAAUGAUAUAAAUCCAACUGAUCACUAUGUGGCAUAAAGAUAUAUGCAUAGACCAUUUUUGAUAGAUGGUUUGAAAUUUGAUUUAAGAGUCUAUGUAUUAUUGGCUGGAACAGAUCCUAUGAGAAUUUACGUAUAUUAGGAUGGAUUAGUUAGAUUUGCAACUGAGCCAUACGUUACUCCAACUGCAAAUAAUUUGGAGGAUGUUUGCAUGCACUUAACAAAUUAUGCUAUAAAUAAAGAAAAUCCUAACUUUGUUUUCAAUAAUGAUGCUACUAAGAUGGAUGUUGGUCACAAGAGGUCAAUUAAAUCAGUGUUUGGUAAAUUAUAGGAGGAAGGACAUAACAUCCAACAAUUGUGGUAGGAUAUGUAUAAUUUAUUUAUAAAAACAUUCUGCACCGUUUAACCAAUUCUUAGUCAUCACUACAAAUCAUGCUAACCUGACAAUUAUGCAAAUAAUAUGUGCUUUGAAAUUCUUGGAUUUGAUAUCUUCAUUAAUGAUAAAUUAAAACCCUUUUUAUUAGAAGUCAAUCAUACGCCUAGCUUUACUACAGAUACACCAUUAGAUUCGUUAAUUAAGAAGAAUCUCAUUAGGGAUACUUUAAAAUUGAUGAAUUUAAGUCUUAAAGCUAAAGAAGAAAUAAUAGCAUCAAGGAAAGAAUAAUUGUAAUAAAGAGUUCUAACAGGCAAGAAAUAAAAAUUAACACAAGAAUAAAAAUAACUUCUUAUUUAAUAAAGUUCUGAAUAACGAGACAAACAUGAAAAUAAUAAUUUAGGAGAUUAUGUCAAAAUAUUCCCAUUAGAAGAUGCUCAUGAAUAUAAUAAAUUCAUUGAAUUUGCUUCUUAAUUAUAAGAUAAUUGGACUGGAGCAAAUAUUAAAAGAAAUUAAAAGAAGGAGCAAUCUGAAACUCCCUUAACUUAGAUAAGUAAACCCCCGGCCAUCCCAGUUAAGAAAAUAAAUACUCCUUAAAUGUUACCUAAAAUUAAUAAAAAAUAGAGCAAAAUUGAUAAGUUAACUGAAUCUGAUAGAAAUACAGAAACUAAAAGUAAGACGUAAUCAAGUUCAAGAAAAAAUACAAAAGAAUAAACCAGAUAAGUAUCCUAUCCACAACUCCCAAAACAUCAUCAAAGUAUGAAAAAUUUAUAGUUACAACAAUAAUAACAAGUUAUUCCAACAUACUAAUAAUAGCAAAAAAAGUCAUGUCUAUAACCUAAAUUAUUUGAAUUAGAUAUGGCAAGUCCCCAAAAAAGAUCUUUUUCUCAAAAUAAAAAAUUACAUUAAUUUAAGCUGCAAUGA